GAACAACGUACACACCAUCUUCAGAUGUCAAGAAUUAACGCAGUGGUUGCGGCUGCCCAGCUUCUGCCCUGCUUCUUUAGUACUAGACGACUUGGCGCUCCAGGUGUUUUGAACAGCUCUUCGCCUUUCGAGGUGGCUUUGCUGAGUGCGAAUCAGCAGCGGUGACGAUGUCGCACUUCGGAAGGUCCGGCCCUCCGGAUAUCGCAGGCACCCACAGCUUACUGGUCCUGAACAUAUCCUUCCGGACCACUGCCGAUGACCUUAUGCCACUUUUUGAUAGAUACGGCAAAGUGGUCGAUAUCUUCAUCCCCCGUGACAGGAGGAAGGGGACCUCUAGGGGAUUUGCCUUUGUGCGCUACAAGUAUGAAGACGAGGCGGAGAAAGCCAUCAAGCGAGUGGAUGGGAAGAGCCUGGACGGGCGAGACUUGGUGGUCCAGUGGGCCAAGUAUGGAAGAAAUGAGGAUGAAUGGGGCGGUGGCGGACGUGGCCGGGACCGUGACAGGGAUGAUGACAGGGGGCGUGACCGGCGGCGAGAGCGCGACUACGAUGACAGGGACCGGCGCCGCUCGAGGAGCCGCACCCCGCCCCGCCGCAGGCGUGCCCGCAGCGACAGCGAGUCCCCCGUGCGGCGUCGGGCGCGCAGCGACAGCCGGAGCCCCGUGAGGAGGCGGUCCCCCAGCAGGAGCCCAGCCAGGAAGCGCUCCGAGAGCAGGAGUGCCUCCCCCGCACCAAGGAGGGCCACGCGCAGCCCGUCUCCCCGGAAGCGGAGCCUGAGCCCCCGGAAGAGCCCGCCCCCUGCUCGGAGCGUCUCGCCAAAGCGGAGUGUGUCUCCGAAGAAGAGCCCCGUCAAGAGCGACGAGGAUUGAGCGAGACGAGGGUAUAAUCCCCGACAACUGUGCGAGGAUGGAUGUCGGGAACCGGAAGAAGUCCUGGGGGCCCCGAGAAACUUUAAGAGCUGUUGUCAUCUGCAUUGGCAGUGUGCAUGAAUCAUUUCGGUCUUUUGGUGUGAGUUAAGAGUAUGCAUUAGGUUUGGCAGUUGUCUCCUCUUGACUUUUUGGAAGUCGAAACGAUUGAAGACGGGCAUGUGCAGGCCCUACCCUUUAGUGGCAUGGAUGUUAGGUAGGGUCCUUUUCCACGGGCAGACUUCUUAGUGAAGCAGUUUAGAGCCUCAAUCUGUAAGCUUUGCCUUGAAGCCUAGCUUUUCUGCACAGUGCGGAGCGGUCUGAAGCUGCGCCGCUGGCUGCUGAAGGGGCCCUGUUCGUGUUGCCGCUGUGCUGUGGGUUGGACGUGACCUGCUGCGGCGGUUGCUGUGGUGGUCUCGGUAGCUGAGAUCGUGUGAAGGGGCCGUGCUGCGUGUUCAAGGAGGUCGCAUGAAUGUUGCUGCUUUGCCGGUGCUGCUGUGAGAAGGGGCCGUGCAGUAGCUGUGAGAGCGCCGCUUGGGGAGUGCCGUUCGAGCUGCUACUGCGGGUUGCACGAGUGCUGACGCCGUUCGUAUUGUCGGUUGCCGAUGGAUGGAGCGUUCGGGUCGUGCUGCAUGGUGCUGCGGUGGAGCCGGGCUCUGGGCGCCAGGUGUUGCCGUCUCGCUGCAUG